AUGGAUGAACAGAAUGAGAUCCAUACCUUCCAGGUGUACGUGGAGCUGCGCUUCACCCUGAGAGACUGUAACUCCAUUCCUUGGGUGUCUGGUACCUGCAAGGAGACCUUUAACCUCUUCUACCUCCAGACAGAGGAGCCACACGCCGCCGCCUCCCGCUUCAGACCCGCCGACUACGCCAAGGUGGACACCAUUGCUGCCGAUGAGAGCUUCACACAGACGGACCUGGGCGACCGCGUUCUGCGCCUCAACACGGAGGUCAGAGAGGUCGGCCCCGUGACCCAGAAGGGCUUCUACCUGGCGUUCCAGGAUGUGGGGGCGUGUAUCGCUCUGGUCUCCGUCAAGGUGUUCUAUAAGCGCUGUCCAUCCACUCUGAGGAACCUGGCAGCGUUCCCAGACACAGUACCAAGGGUCGACUCCUCCUCGCUGGUGGAGGUGCGGGGAGCGUGCGUGGAGAACGCAGAGGAGAGGGACACGCCCAAACUGUACUGUGGGGCGGACGGGGACUGGCUGGUUCCUCUGGGGCGAUGCGUCUGUAGUCUGGGACAUGAGGAGAUUGACGGAAUCUGCCAGGCGUGUAGACCAGGGUCCUACAAGGCUUUGUCAGGGAUUAUCAAGUGUUCCAAGUGUCCUCCCCACAGUUCCAGCCAUGACCAGGCAGCCACGCUCUGCCACUGUGACAAAGGCUUCUACCGGGCAGCCAAGGACCCCUCCACCAUGGCAUGCACACGCGCUCCAUCGGCCCCUAGGAACCUGAUCUCUCUCAUUAACGAGACGGCUCUGUUCCUCACCUGGUCUCCGCCUAGCGACAGUGGUGGCAGGAAGGACCUGACUUAUAACAUCAUGUGCCAGCGCUGUGGCGCCUCCGGUGGGGAGGAGGACUGUGAGCCGUGUGAGACCGACCUGCGCUUCGUACCUCGCCUCCUGGGCCUCACCGGGACCUCGGUGGCUAUUCUGGACUUUGCCACACACGCCAACUACACCUUCCAAGUAGAGACGGUCAAUGGAGUGUCUGGACUGGGAGGGAACACCAGACCCCUGGCUAACAUCACUGUUACUACUGACCAGACUGGUCCUUCUCUGGUUGGCGUGGUGAGGAAGGACUGGGCGUCUGACAACAGUAUCGCCCUCUCCUGGACAGAGGUGGAACAGCAGCCUAACGUCAUACUGGACUAUGAGAUCAAGUACUACGAUAAG